AUGCUCAUUGUCAGUUUAGCAGUCUCGGAUUUCAUGGUUGCUAUUUGUGUGAUGUCGUUUGGAGUCUACUAUGAGCGUAACGAUUUCAAAUGGAGUAUGGGACAAUUCUUCUGUAACCUCUAUUUGGCAAGCGAUGUAACGUGCUCGACAGCAUCUAUACUCAACUUAUUAGCGAUAUCAAUGGAC